AAAAGAAUGGCUGUUAUUUCCUUUGAUCCAAGGUUUAACCACCAAGUUGGCAAGAACAAUAACCAACAUGAAGGAGUCGUUGAAGAGAUUGAAGGUCUCAUUAGAGUUUAUAUAGACGGACACGUCGAAAGGCCUCCAAUUGUCUCUAUUGUCCCCUGCACCAUGUCAUUAGAGCGUGGUGUUACAGCAAAAGAUGUUGUGAUCGAUAAGUGCACCGGCCUAUGGGCACGCAUGUAUUUUCCAAGCUGUCUUGGCAAGCUUCCAUUGCUUGUUUUUUUUCAUGGAGGUGGAUUUUGUAUCGGCUCUGCUGCUUGGAGCUGUUACAACGAGUUUUUGUCCAACCUUGCUUCCAAAGCAAAUUGCGUGAUCAUCUCUCUAAAUUAUCAUUUAGCCCCUGAGAACCGUCUCCCUGCUGCAUAUGAAGAUGGUCUCAACACUCUUAUGUGGGUGAAACAGCAAGCUCUAAGUGGCUCUAGGGAGCACAAAUGGUGGCUGAAGCAUUGCAAUCUUUCCAGCGUGUACCUAGCUGGUGACAGUGCAGGGGCCAACAUAGCUUACAAUGUGGCCAAUCGGCUAGGGACAAGUGGCACCUCCGAAUCCACCAGUAUAAGGCCAUUAUGUCUCAAAGGUAUGAUCUUGAUCCAACCUUUUUUUGGAGGAGAGGGACGAACUUGGUCAGAAAAGCAUAUCGAUCAACCGCCUAAUUCAGCGCUAACCCUAUCGAUUUCCGACACAUAUUGGCGUUUAUCCCUGCCUUCAGGGGCGAACCAGGACCAUCCAUGGUGCAACCCUCUCGCAAAUGGCGCGGACAAGUUGCGUGAUUUAAGGCUUCCAACCACAAUGGUGUGCAUAUCAGAGAUGGAUAUGCUGAAGGAUCGAAACUUGGAAUUUUGCAACGCCUUGAGUAGCGUGGGGAAGAGGGUGGAAACAGUGAUGCACAAAGGCGUAGGGCAUUCGUUUCAAAUUCUGCAUAACUCUCCGCUCUCUCAACCUCGACUCCAUGAGAUGAUGUCUCAAAUCAAGGCCUUCAUCAAUGAAUAA